CUUAUAUUUAUGCCUCAAUGUCUAAGUUUCGUAUCUUCGUUGUGUAAUUAAAGAAGUUGCUCACUCCCAGGCGGGAAAGUUUUGGAAAGUUGAGUCCUCAAUUCAAUAACGUACCAAGAUGGCUGAAGCUGAUCUUGAAAACAUGAAAAUGGAAGAGUAUGCUGCCCAGUUUUUUGGAUUCACACCAAAGUCAUUCUGUAAUGGAGUGUUCAACGCCAUGAAUGACUACAUCAUAGAAUGUAUGAAAGCAGUAGAAACCUACCUCACUGAGAAGUGCAGUGACUCGUUGUCUGAGGAUCAAAUUGAAACUGGUACUAAUUUGAUCCUGCAUCAGUACAUGGACACCUUCAACAGGACUUUCGAACGUUUUGAAUCUUAUGUUUCAAAGAAUAUCUUGAGUAUUCCACCCUAUAUUCUGCUAAAUGAAGAUACCCCGCAAAUGAAUCAAUAUACCCAACAAGAAGAAUCUCUCCUCGAUGCAGAAAUUGAUGACUUAAAAAUGAAAGUCUGGGCGCUAAAAGGCGCUAAUGCAAAACUCCGUAAUUGCCUCUCUGAGAUGGAGCAAUCUUCUAAAGAUGUGGAUUUAGCUACUGCAAGGUUAGCAGCAUUACAGGACUUAAUGUCAAAGUCAGGAGUUUCGCACCCUCAUGAGAGCUUGCAGUUAACAUACGAGAACAUAGAGAAAGGAAAGAAACUGAUUGAGAAAUUAGUUCAAGAAUCCGAAGAAAUGGCUAAUCCUAGGACCUUUACUUGAUUCUUUGCAUUGGCGGAUCCUGAAGGUGCACAGCAACCUUGGAAAUGUAUCAGUGUUGGUAGUUGGAUAUUUGGAAACAGCUGUUGCAAGAAGAGAAACAUCCGAGUGAAUAUUGAAACUUUUCACUUUUGCUUUCAAGAAGCAUUUUGUUAUUAUAUUUUUUAUUUUUUUUUUUAGCUUUUGUUUGUUUUUUUUCUUUAUUAGUUUGGCUGAUAGAAACCUGUGGCACUUCCUGGCGUUACUUUUCACUGUUUUUUUUGUUUUUUUGUUUUUUUUUUGUUUUUUUUUUCAACAUUUGUUAUCUUUUCUUUUUUGUAUCCAUUCAAGCAGAAUUGAUAUAAUGAGGGUAACAGGGUUAACAAUAUUGUAAACAAGUUCAAUUCCUACCAUGUUUUGAGUUUUUGGAACAUCAGAAUAAAUUGAAUAGUUUGAGGAGGACCUUAGUGUGAGGUUUGAUGAUGAUGAUGGCCAGGACAUUUUCCCAUGGUAAUUGGACUUGCAGAGCAAUAAAGAAAAGCUUUGAGGGGUUUUAUUGUUUGCAGUUUUCAAAGUAAGCUAAACAGCAAAUGCUGUGUGUGUGUGUGUAUAGGAAAGCCUUUUACUUAAGCAGCUGGCCAUUUUUGGUUGAGGAGUGAUUAAGAUUCUUCAAAGUUGUUAGGCCUGUUAAUCUCAUUGGUUACAGUUUUGAUAACCCAGAGCCUGUCCAAUGCAUGGAAGUACCUUAGUUUUCAUAUCAUGGCAACCCUAUAGAGUGGGUAAGGUUUUUUUUUGUUUUUUUUUUUGCUCUAAUGGGACUAAUUAAAUUGAUACUGUUAAUAUUGUUACUCCUGCAAGUUAAAUGCCAUCGGGGAAAAAAAAACUGAAGUAGGGAGGAAAUUCAAUUGGAGGAGUGAAGUGGUUUGAGGGAGGGAUUAGACAAUGUGGGUGAUGAGUCUUUGCUAAAUUUGCUUUAUAGCCAAAUUGUUGUAGGUCUGGGAACUUUUUUAACCAAUUACCCUAAAAUAUAUCUAUUUAUGCCAAUGUUACCCACUUUAUUUGAAA